AUGAUUGCUGUUGUUCCAAUUAUCUGUCUCCCCAAAGUAUUACCAGAAUCGUUGAAAUGGCAUAGAAAUCGUUUGGUGGAAACAUCACAAGCAGGACGAAGGCGUACUCCUGAGUGCUGUGGUUUAGCUGGCACCAAUAAAACGGCGGCACUCUAUCGUGAUGCUCCUUUACCAGAGGAAUCAUCGUUGUUAUACACUUCAAUAACCACUCGUGGUAGAGGACCGCUAUGGUACAAAUUGUGGCUGGAUGUGAGGCACAUACCCAUAGCAAUUUAUCGGAUUCUCACCAAUGCACCAUUUAUGCUGAUUACACUCGCAAUCGCUAUUGACAGUCUUGUCGUUACUGGUACAUCGUCGUUCAUGUCAAAAUACUUGGAGAGGCAGUUCAAUGUACCACCAAGCAGAUCGAGUCUUUUGAUAGGAUGUAUUAUGGUGCCCAUGGCCGGAGUUGGUUGCAUGAUUUCGGGCUUUAUAGUACAGUACUUCCGGUUGAAUUGUGUAACAACACUGAAACUCGCUGUUGGACUACUGUUUGUCUCGUUGGUGCUCACCCCAAUGUAUCUCAUCUAUUGCCCACAUGAUCCUCUCGUCGGUGUCGAGACAACAUAUCCGGAUCGGGAUGGUCAGAUUUCCAUUGGAAAUUACUCGGACAUUGAACCAUCGUUACGUAGUCCAUGUAACUCGCAUUGCCUGUGUAGCGAAGCUGAAUUUCGUCCAGUUUGUGCUGAAUUUGUUGAUGGACGGCAGCUUUCGUACUAUUCACCGUGUUUUGCUGGAUGCUCGGAACCUUAUACACCUAUGCAAAAGAUAUACUCGAACUGUUCCUGUGUAGUGGAGACGGCACGUCUUCAUGUGAAACAGGUGAAGAAAGGCCUGUGUGAAUCGAAAUGUAAAGGACUAUUAGGAUUUCUCAUUAUGUUCGCCCCAUUAUCACUUUGUACGUUUGCUGUCGUCGUUCCUGUUACAUCUGUGAUUCUGAGAACAGUGGACUACAACGAGCGUUCCUUUGCUUUGGGUAUUCAAGGAAUCCUCGUACGUGCCGUAGGAACAAUCCCAGCGCCUGUGCUCUUUGGUUGGAUGUUUGACAGUGAUAGCUGCUUGCUUUAUUCCAACAAAUUGCUUGCUGAUCUCUUCCUAACGUUCUCAAUCAUUGGACAGGUGAGGGUUACUUCUUGUUAU